CAACUGGCACACCACCACUGCUUAAAUCUUCCCUUAUAUAUUUCUUGUACCCAACCCUCCAUACACAAUUAAGCCUUAAUUUGUAUCCCCAUUUUUGCUUAUCCUUCUUCAACCUCAAAUGGGUCGUUUCCAUUUCAGUUUUAUUUUGCUUCUGUCAUUUUCUCUAAGCUUGUUCCUGCAUCCCAGUACCGUAUCCGCAGAUCUCAAAUAUAACUAUUAUGCUGAUAUCUGCCCUGAUGUAGAAAGCAUAGUUAGAAAAGCCGUUGAGAAGAAAUUCAACCAAACAUCUGUUGCUGGUCCUGCGACUCUCCGUCUCUUCUUCCAUGAUUGCUUCGUCGAGGGUUGUGAUGCUUCAGUUAUAAUUCAAUCAACUGCAACCAAUAAAGCUGAGAAGGAUCACCCCGAUAAUUUAUCCCUAGCUGGAGAUGGAUUUGACACCGUAGUCAAAGCCAAAGAAGCAGUUGAUGAAGUUUCCAGCUGCAAAAACAAGGUCUCCUGUGCUGAUAUUCUCGCCCUGGCCACUCGAGAUGUUGUUGCCCUGGCUGGUGGACCUUCAUAUGCGGUUGAGUUAGGGAGACUAGAUGGUCUAAGUUCAACUGACUCGAGUGUAGAUGGGAAGCUGCCGCAGCCAACGUUCAACUUAACUCAGCUCAAUUCCUUGUUUGCUGCUAAUGGACUUGAACAAUCAGACGUGAUUGCUCUCUCUGCUGCACACACUAUCGGAUUCGCUCACUGCGCCAAGUUUUCAUCCAGGAUAUACAAUUACAGCGAGGAACAUUCAGUUGAUCCGACGAUGAACAAGACAUAUGCGGAGGAGCUACAGAAAAUGUGCCCGCAAGAUGUGGACCCUCGAAUCGUCGUCAACAUGGACCCCGUCACACCCAACACCUUUGAUAAUAUCUACUUCAAGAAUCUUAAGCAACACAAGGGCCUUUUCACCUCAGAUCAGGUGCUCUACACCGACUCCCGGUCAAAACCCACCGUAAAAGCCUGGGCCAAAGACUCCGACGCCUUCAAUGAGGCUUUUAUCACUGCUAUGACCAACCUAGGUCGAGUUGGUGUCAAGACAGGAAGCAAUGGAAAUAUUCGUCAUGACUGUAGUGUGUUUAAUAGUUAAUCAGGAAAAUAUAAUUUAUCAAAAUGUUCAAGCUAGAUGGAUUUAUUUCCUCUGUUGUGAGUGCUCAAUUUUUUUGGUUUAAAGAAACCAAUUAAUUUGUAAUAAAUUCUGAGCAUCUGAAAUAAAUCAACAUCGUAAAAUAAUUCAAUC